GGCUCUGUGUGCCCUGGGGAGCAGUGACAGCUCUGGGGACCCACAUGUCCCGUGUGCCCUGAGGUAGCUCUGUGCCCUGGGCACCCCCAUGUCCCCUGUGCCCCUCUGAGGUGGCUCUGUGUGCCCUGGGCACCCCCAUGUCCCCGUGCCCUGAGGUGGCUCUGCCCUGUCCCUCCCAUGUCCCCGUGCCCUGAGGUUGCUCUGUGCCCUGAGGUUGCUCUGUGCCCUGUCCCCCCGUGUCCCUGUGCCCUGAGGUUGCUCUGUGCCCUGUCCCCUGAGGUGUCCCCGAGCCCUGAGGUUGGUCUGUGCCCUGAGGUUGCUCUGUGCCCUGAGGUUGGUGUGUGCCCUGUCCCCCCCGUGUCCCCGUGCCCUGAGGUUGCUCUGUGCCCUGAGUUUGCUCUGUGCCCUGUCCCCUCCCUGUCCCCGUGCCCUGAGGUUGCUCUGUGCCCUGAGGUUGCUCUGUCCCCUGAGGUUGGUCUGUGCCCUGUCCCCCCGUGUCCCCGUGCCCUGAGGUUGCUCUGUGUGCAGGAGGAGCUGAGCAGCACGAGUGUGGAGCACCUGAUCAUCAACCCCAACGCCGCCUACGAGAAGUUCCGCGACAAACGCCUGGGCACCGAGGGCGACGCCUGGAGCGCGGUGAAGGAGGCGGGGGCCGAGGAGGAGCUCACUCCCGCGGCGCUGGCCCGGCAGGUGGAGGGGCUGAAGCAGCAGCUGCUCAGCUCCCACCUGGAGCGGGUGCUGGGCCCCGGCGCCGCCAUCGACUUCGCCGACCCCGAGGGUGCCCUGGCCAAGUGA